AUGAAGAGAAAUAUGGGUACAGCCUUUGGCACUGCUGUCAAGAUGGUUGCGACUUCCCCAGACUUGAAAGCUAUAACAAGUCUCGAUCAUUCAAGAGCUGCAGAAAACUUGAAAAAGCUGGAGGACCUUGGAUGCAAAAUCCUCCAUGGAGUAGAUGCAAAGAAUAUGAGCCACCACCCCUUUCUGCUUUACAAAUUCUUUGACAGGAUAAUCUUCAAUAUGUGGGGUGAUCGCGACAUGUCCCAAAUUCAUGUGUGGCUUCCUGAAGAGUGCAUAUUUAUGCUGACGAAGAAUGGAGAAACUCAUGUGACCCACAAGAUUGCUAAUUCAUAUAGUAAGUGGGAGAUUGAGCCUCUGGCAUGGUAUGCUGGACUGUACUUGAUUGAGAAGGAAAGGUCCUUUACACUGGAGCAUCGAGGAUUCAAUAAUAAGAGAGGAUAUGGGAUUGCUGUGGACUGUAGUUUUCCUAUUGGAGCUUGCCCUACUUUUUUUUAUACAAAAUUUGGGAGGCCUUGA